UGAGGGUGACCAACUCUCACUGGGUCUAUUACACAUUGAAUGGUAGAUGGAGCAGAAACAGAGGAAAGCACAAGCCACACCAAACCAAAAUACUUAUUUCUUAACCAUUAAGGUUGAGCAUUAGGUGCAUAUUUAACUAAGAUUCAAACAUCCAGAAGAAACCAGAAAAACCAGAUUCAGUAAAAAAGACAUAACAUCAUUACUUCAAUAGUUAUAUGUUUCUUAACCUUGUUUCUUCAAUUAGUUGGUGAUGGAUCCACCACCAUCACCACCAUCACCACCACCACCACCACCACCACCACCACCACCUCCACCACCUCCACCACCUGAAGUACCAUUGUUCCCACCAGGUCCUGAAGUACCAUUGCUCCCACCAGGUCCUGAAGUACCAUUGCUCCCACCAGGUCCUCCACCUCCACCUCCACCAGCACCAGCACCGGCAGAUGGUGGUCUCUUGGGUUCAUGUCUCUGGUUUCUCUGCUGCUGUGGCUUAUUUACAAGUUGCUGUCCUCCGCUCUUCGAGCCUGGACCUCCACCUCCAAUGUGAUACAUUUUAUCUUUCUUCUACUACCCUUUUAAUCUUAUAAGUGUUUUAAGUGUGGAGAGUUUAGGCGUCUCCCUCUUCAGGUGAAAAUUUUAACCCUGUGCCUUCAUUUGCAUGUGGACUUGGAAAAUCAUACAAAGGGACUAAUUGAUUUUCCUGUCCUAUUGUCCCUAUAGCCCCUUUCUUCUUUUUGUCAGUUUGUGUGUGUUGGGUGAUACUGGGAACAUGUACGAAUGUAAUCAAUAAAUUUAUCUAAUUAAAAGUUUUCUUUUCUUACAUA